GGUGGUCAGAGUGCAGUGACCCGUGUGCGUGUGUAUCUGGAAGAUGUUAAUGACAACCGUCCAUCCUUCUAUCCGGCGCUCUACACCGUGAGCCUCAGCACCCAGAGCGCCCCUGGAACCUCCGUCACCAAGGUGACGGCCAACGACCCCGACGCUGGUGACAACGGCAGGGUGACCUAUCGCACGGUGCCGGGAGGAGGCUCCACCUUCUUCACCCUCAACAAGGACACAGGUGUGAUCUCUCUCGCGCGGUCGCUUCACGGUAAGGCCAACACGCUGGUCUCCAUGGUGAUCUCGGCGCAGGAUGGCGGCGGUCUGACGGCGCCGUUGAACGCCCGUGUCAACGUGAGCGUGGUUGGAGGCUCGGUGGCGCUCCCUCUGUUCGAACAGGCUCAGUACUACUUCACUGUGUCUGAGGAGGUCCUCAGGGGAACAGAGGUGGGCAAGGUCCACGCUGCCACCAAGACUGGUGAGUUUUUAACAGUUCCAAGUCUCUGCUCUUCCGACGAGGUGUUGAUGUUUGUCAUUCUGUCAGUUGAGGUCUAUUGAUCCUAUCGGGCGAAUUUCUUCAUAAAAUGUAAUGCUGAGAGUAAACUACACAACUUUUCUAAAUCCUAACAUCACAUUAAACGACUGUCUUUCCUCUGGAGUUGUUUUUAUGUCCUGCCAACGUAGUGGUGAGCACACGGAGCGAUGUGACACGGACAGGGGUCAAAC